CAAUAAGGAUGGGUAAUAAUGAUUUGAAUGCUUGGGGGGGCGGGGUGUGAGCUGUGAGAGGGAAAUUUGGCUGUAGUGUGCUGAGGUAGAGAGAGCAGUUCAGUCCCGCCAGGCACAUUAACAACAUUAACCAUUAAUAUUGGCUGCUGAUUAUAUUGAUAAACAAUCUCCCGCUUCGACAUGUCACACAAACAAAUCUACUACUCGGACAAAUACGACGACGAACUGUUCGAAUACAGACACGUCAUGCUGCCCAAGGACAUCGCAAAACGGGUGCCUAAAACCCACCUCAUGUCGGAAACAGAAUGGCGGAAUUUGGGUGUGCAGCAGAGUCAGGGAUGGGUGCAUUACAUGAUCCAUCAGCCAGAACCGCACAUCUUGCUCUUUCGUCGACCGCUGCCCACCGCCAAAUCCCAGUGACAGAAAACAGGGAAGGGGAAGGACUUAAAAUACACACUGUCAGAGGAUAACAAAUGAAAAACUGUAGACGGACACCAGAUAAGAUUUGACUUUAGCUCUUUCUCAACUCCUUAACUUAAUGAAGUUAAAACAGGGUUGCAGGAUGUGUUCUGUUUGUCAAGCUUUUCCACUCUUAAUCAACCGUUCUAACAUUUCUCUUCUCAGCUAUAUUGCCUCAUUUUAAAAGGAGAAUGGCAUAGUACAUUUGUUUUAAAAGGGUAAUUAGAAAUUGUUAUUAGAGAUGUUUUGCACAACAGGAAAUGAGCUCUACAGUAAAAUGCCCUUUUUCCUGUUUUUUUUUUCUAUAAGCAUCUUGUGAAUUUAUGUAUGUCUGAUUUUUUUCUCUUUCCCUUCACAUUUCCAAACUCUGUACAUACUGUUUUUACAGCUGUGAUCUCAUCUGCUCAUUAUUUAUGACUUCACUUGCAAAUAAACUUUCUG